CAUUCCUACAAGACCUUGUCCUCCUUGGCAAGCUCUGACGACGAACAUCACGACUCUCAUCCACCGCCUAACAGCGUCCACACGAUAUCCAUCGCGUCAAUUCGCGGAGCCAGACCAGUGAGCUCAUCCCCUCGCGAUUGAGCUCUCGGCCCGUUGCGAGGGUCUCGGCAAAUCCCAAUCGCCUUUUUCCCGGACCCGGUCGCGCUCAUCUCAACUCAUCUAGACUUGCUUAUACAGCAAGUGGGCUUGCAACAGAUGUAUCACUCUCGACAGGGAAUAGCUGCCGGCAACGGUAAUGGCAACAAUGGAGGCGCUGGACCUUCUGGAUCCACCUCUUCCCUGCCGGCUUUCUCCCAUCCACACUCCGGCAUACGUACACCGCCCAAUGGACACUCCCCGCAUGCAUCGCCUUAUGCCACGCCCGCGCCAGUGUACCAGUAUACGAGCAUGAGCAGAGGUGGAUCAGUCAUGGCUGGGGGAACAUGGACCCCUACCGAGAGCAAUACCCCUAGAGGUAGCGGGCCUCACGCGAAUGUGAAGAGCGAAGAUGAGAUGGAUGAGGAUGAGGACGACGAGGAUGAAGAUGAUGACGAGGAUGACGACGACGAUGAUGACGACGAUUUGGGUGAUGGGGAUGAGGAUGGCGAGUCUGGUCAGGCUAACGGCAGUCAGCGCAAGCGCAAGCGUGACGGGUCGAAUGGGGCUUCAGGUCAAAACCGUCGUCUCCAGAAUUCACAAAGACAGGACUCUACCAACCGCUCCGCCUCUGGUAUGAGCCCAGACCGGAGCGAACAAGAUCAAAGUGGAUCAAGAAACCCAAAACCUCCCCGAGGAUCAAAGGCUUGUACCCACUGCCGGAAGCUCAAGAUGAGAUGUACGGGUGGUGAGAAUGGUCCACCCUGUGAUCGCUGCAAGCAUUCCGGGUAUGUCUGUCACUUUGAAGAGAGCAAUCGAGGCAAAAAGGCAGCAGCCAGCGCCGCUGCUGCCGCAAAAGCGAGAGCAGAGCGAGCUGCUGUUGCCAACGCUAGCACUCAAGCUCUACCAGAAGAGCAAGGAAGCCCAAACAACUCCUUCUCAGCAGCGGGCCUCAAAGGAGCUGGCAAAGCAAAGGGCAAGCAGUCGAACGUCGACUUGGCAAAGAGCUUGGAAAAGAUGGAGGCCACGCUCAAUACGGUUCUGCGCUCUAUCCGAGAUCCUGCGCAUGCACAUAGCCUCGGGCACGCGAGUGGAAUGCUCACACGACCUCAAUCGCCCGUUCGUGAGAUCUUACCGCCCACACCUGCUGGGACUUCUUCCCGUCGCGGUCUGAUGGAUCCCCCUACAAGCAUCGCCCCGAGCCAGUUGACGGCUUCUGGUGGCGGGCCAGCUGGGAUGAUCCACCCAUCGCAGACGCACACUCAAGCCAAGUAUGCCUCCAUGGCUCCUGGCCUUGUAUCGUCAUCUGCCUCCGGCUCCUCCGCGUCCAGGCUGAGGAGACCUCCCAGCCCUCGUCUUCACUCACUGCCUCCGGACAGCAUGAACCCUCUAGGUUUGCUCGCUGAAGCCAGCUUGGGUAAUCAGAUGAGCUCAAUGAGGCGGAGCAAGCAAGAUAGCAGGGGAGGAGGCACUGCAGCUGACGGUAAAGGUGGUCGGCCGGACACUUCAGGAAGCAAGGAGGGGGAAGGUGAAGGCGCGGACGGCGAUGCACAAGGCGGAAAGGCUGGCAGCAAGGUCAAGCGCAAGGGCUCCCUCUCGGACGAGCCCGCUCUUGGCGUCGCUAGCAAGACCUACUUCCGGCCAGGACCAAUGUCGAUGCUGCCUUUGCGCAAAGUCAUCAUCGACAGAGAGCUUCCACCUGAGCUUUUGACCAGCGGGACAGUCAGUGAUAAAGAAGUGCUGGAUCUCUUCAGCAUCUUCUUUCACAAUUGCGAUCAACACAUCGUCCUCCUCGAUCCCGAGUGGCAUACGCCUCAAUUCGUCUGUGGCAGGUCACCCUUCCUUUUCACAGUCAUUCUCGCCAUUGCUUCGCGAUACUAUACCGCGCGACCCGAUCUACACACCAAGUGUCUACAGCAGGCCACAAAAGAGGCAUUUCGAUGUUUGGAAAAGGGCUAUAAGUCGGUAGAGAUCGUCCAGGCAUUCCUCCUGCUGACCAUGUGGGGCCAGCCAGCCAAGCGAUUUGAGGAAGACAAGAGCUGGAUUUUUGCUGGCAUCGCUUUCCGAGUUGCAACGGAUCUCAAUUUGCAUCGCAAAUCCGUAGCCAGCCUGCCAGGACACCCGCGUACGGAUGAUCCGACAGUAUUGGAAAGGGAGAAGGAGAUUCGCAAUCGUGAGAGGACCUGGAUCUUCUGCUUUGUCGUGGACCGCUCACUGAGCUCACAGAUGGGCAAGCCCAGCAUGAUUCGCGAGGACUACAUUAUCCGCAACAGUCGGGCAUGGGCUUUGGAUCGACUUGCUCAGCCGGCCGAUGUGGCCCUGAGCGCCAUCAGCGAGUUCGUCCGAUUGACUUCGAGGCAGAUCGAUCUCCUCUACUCGUCCGUCAGCUCCGUCACUGGUCUCAAUGCCGAUUUGGACUUCUCCAACAUGAUCAGAAUCUUCUACGAGCAGAUGGAGGAAUGGAGACACUUUUGGGGCGCAAGAGGUCUCGUCGUUGGUGACAGCCGUAAUCGAUUCCCUGCUAUUCCACCGAUCGAUGAGACGCUUUCGCCUCGGGAAAUUGAGAUAUGCCAGCUUUUCGCUGCUGCCAAUCGACCUAUUCCGCCUUCCGACGAUGCCGAUCACACCAUGAGGACUCUGUACUAUCUCAUCCAGCAAGCUCCUCUUCGAUACCACUAUGCUUCUCUUACGGUACACUCCUUUGGGUUGCAAUUUGGUAGCUCCAUGGAUCGUGGACUGUACUUCUACAAGUGCUACGAUGCAGCCAAAGCCCUCUUCUAUGCUGCUCGCGACGGUAUGAGGCCCAUCCUGCGAUACGCCCCGGAUACGCAAAUACUGCUCCUCUCUUUCGCACUCGUCUUCAUGCUCAAGCUCACCAGACCCACCUUCAGCAACUAUGCUGAUUGCGAUGAGAUCUUUGGCCUAGUGGAGGAAGGAGCCGAUAUGCUCGUAGAUGUGGCUGCUGGACCCACGCAUACCCCUGCCCUCUACGGCAGGUUCUUGCGUUCGACCUUGGCCCAUGCCAAAGCAGAGAAACAGGGCCGAGGGACAGGUGCAGGCUCGACCUAUAGUCGUUUCCCAUCGCGAGCCGUCUCGCCGAACGCACAACAGCAGUCAGCCCCAGGAGUCAACAUUGCAGACCUCACUCGUGGGCUCAACGAGGCCAAUGGCCAUAAUGGCUACUCCAAUGGCAAUAAUGACCCCGCCUCAGCAUCGGCCGCCUUCAGCAUUGGUGACUCGGCUGCGGACCCCAUGCUCGGUACAGGUCCAGGUGGUCGAACGACGGCCCGCAAUUCUCCCAUUGGGGGAGAGCAAGGAGGGCCAGAUCUGAGCGGCGGCACAGGCCUUCCCUUCAACGCUUCUACGAUGUUUCCUUCAGCUUCAUCCACGACCAUGGACUCGUCUUCUCUCAUGCUCGACAAUGUCUGGUGGUCCCAGCUCGUACCUGCUGGUCUGGGCGGGCCACUAGACGGGCUCAAUGGCGGUAUCGAUAUGCAGCCCGCUUCUGUUCCCUCUGACGAUUCGGUGGGGGCUACACCUGGCAGCGGACAUGGCGGACACUCGGGGAGCGGAGGUGACCACCAUGAUGCUUUUCCUGGACUGACGGACGAUACCUCGAGCGGCUACCAUGGAGCAGGGACAGGCGUCACGCGUCCCAGCAGUCCGCAUGGAGACGAUUCGACUUCAGGAGCGGGAGGAGGUGGAGGUAGCGGUCAUGCUGGUUCUGGAGGAGCCGGAGGAGGAGGUGGUGGUGGAAAGGGCAAGGAUUCUUCCUCUGGUGUGCUGAAUCAGUUUGGACCAGGCUACCUCAGCUUCGACUUCUCGCAUGGCUUCUGAAAGUAGAGACAGAGAGCUGCACGUCUAGAGAUGGAUGGAAAACAGAUACCCCGACUUGUAUUGGGUGGGCGGUUGAUCAAAAGAUGGAGUAAAGGAUGCCUGUAUUGUACCUGAAUUUCCCAUCCUCAAAAAGAGUCUUAUCGUCUCCCCGUGUCCGUCCCCACGCGCCGUUUACUCGUCCUCAUCGUCCUUUGCGUAGAUCUUCUUUGGCUCAUUCACCUCCCACGCCUUUGUGAACUUUCUCUCCUCCUCUCCAUCCUUCCCAGCGGUAUGAUACCUGAGCAAAGCCUCUCUAGGAUCCUCCUCCCUCGUGUUAUCUCUAAAGAUGCCCUGAACAACAUGCUGUGUCGCCGCCGAUCCGAUCCUUCCACCCCUUCCGGGCCCGCUCAUCGGUACUUGAGGAAUGCGAGAAAUAGUAGGGUCCUUCCUCUCACGCUC